AUGCCGAGCCUAGCUUUCGAAAUGCCCGACUAUGCCAAAGUCACCAGGGAGCAGAGAGUAUCAUACAUAUCCUCCUUUGUUCGCUGGCUACAGUUGAAGAAAUACCAAUAUGAGGUCACUUUCUCCCUGUAUAUGCUCACCCCCACCGAGAAGUUCAUUUUCAACCUGAUCCUCUUCAUCCUCGUCUCUCUCCUCGUCACCGCAGCAUCCCUCUACCUGCCCAACCAUGUCGCCAUCAUUUACAAUCGAAUUUGGUACUACGUCCAUGGCGAAUUUGCCUAUAUGACCGCGGGAGCGCCCGCAGGUUCAGGAUCAGUAGAAAAGGCUACAUAUGCGGCGGACGGAUUGAGGCUGGCUUCAGAAGCUUUCAGAUCGGUUUCUCCUACUGUACAGGCUGUGGGAGAAUCGGCAAAAUCCACCCUGAGAGAACUUUAG